AGACAGAGUUCACCAGUAGAAGCUGAUUGGGUUUCUGCUCCUAGCAAGUUGCAGCCAGCGCACGUCUCGCGGCGAUUAAACUCUGCGGCAUGACUUCGGUUGGAUAAUAUAUGAACGUUUGGGGCUUUACCUCUUUAAACCCAAAGGGAACUCAAGGGGGUUUCAUGCAGUAGCAGGUGUCAGCUCCUCGCAGGUCAGUUUGAAAGCUCUGGGGCAACUUGACGGAUGAUAUAAGAGUCCGUGAUGUUCAACCCACACAUCCAUCAGCAGCAGCAGCAACAACAGCUUCAGCAACACUUGCGGCAUUUGCAUCAACUUUUCCAGCAGCAGCCUCCACCUCCUCCUCCACCGCAGCCACCCCCGGCGCACCAUGUGGCCCAUCACCACCAGACGCAGCGAGCAAUUCCUGUCCAAGCUCAAGCCGCCCCUCCUCCAAGAAUGGUCAACCUGUGCCAGACAAACCAGACGACCAUCAUCGCCCCCAAUCCAAUGCUGCAGGGCGCUCUGCUGAUGCAACAGAUGCAGGGCAACAUACGGAGUUUUGGCAUGGGUGGACAGCAGUUCCGACAGUUCUACGCUGCAGGAAGCAGGUCGUCCCUGCUCGGGCCGGUUCCCAUGGGCAUGGCCAUCAAGUCCCCCAUAAUGGGCUUCCCAGCUGCACGACCCUUCCACCCACACACUCGCUUCUUCAACCCCACCACCUCAGCCUCUGUCAUCUCUGCCACAGAUGUUGCAGCUCGCCACGCAGACAGGAAGAGGGACAGUGAACAGAUGGCAGGAGGGAGCACAGAUGACCAGCCAGCUGCUACUGCUGCUGCUGCUACUGCGACGAGCAGUACAAGUGAAGCUGCUGACAAGACUCAAGCAGAUGGUUCUGUGGCAUCGGUGGAGGAGCAGAACUCUGAGGAGCAGCUUAAAGAGCCAUUGAUGAAAAGACAGAAGACAGAAGGGUCAGAAAAACCUAAAAUACAAAGUUUGGGUGAAACAGCCUCUGCCUCUCAUUUGGAGUUGAACAGCAACGCUGAAGAAGUCCAGCCAGAAGGCACCACACAGGAAGAUUCUGGCUCCAGCAAAGGAUCAGAUGUUGCUGAAGUACUGGAAGACACAAUAGAGAACCAGGAUUACAGCUGUUUGUCGGCCAAUUCACCCUCCGGUCAGCCCAGCGAGGAGGAUCAGAAAGUAAAUCCACCAGCAGAAGAGCACAAAGAUACCUCUUUGGCUUCACCAGCCAGCCAGGAAGAAGAUGAUGAAGGAGUAGCAGAAGGCUCCAACAAGUUCUACUGCUACCUCUGCAGCAUCACCUGCCACAACCAGCAAAACUUCAGGAGUCACAUGAACAGCAUUUCUCACCAGCAGAGGAUGAUGGAGAUACAGUACAUGAGUAAUGCCUGUCUGGUCACUUUGCUGCCACGAGUGCAGGAGUCUCUUCAGGGAGCAAACAAAGAUGGAGAAAAAAAAUCUGAUUCAAAGCGAUGGUGUGCAACAUGCCACAGCCAUUUCACCUGCAGUACCACGGAGCACCGAUGCUCCGAGGAACACAAACUUGCUACUACAACAAAUGUCUCAUUCUGCAUCGUCUGUAAGAAACACUUCAAGACAUCUCAACAUUUUUUGGAGCACUUGCACACUCAGGGACACAGACAGAAGCUGCAGGAAAAAGGCUGUGACGCCUUAGUGAAGCUGACGGCGUUGGACACAGACGAGUUUUCAUUAGAAAACGAGGAGGGAAGUGGAGGCGAAGGAGAGACUGAAGGAAAUCAAGGAGACACACAGGAUGGCUGGUCGUCCCUUAAAGAAGUGACCUUAAAUGACAUUUCGAGUGAUGAACAGUAUGAUCCUGACACCAUUUAUGGACCCAGUUUUUUAGUUCCUGUCGCAGGUUUCAUCUGCAAACUCUGCAACAAGUUUUACCACUUUGAAUCCUCGGCUGCACACACCCACUGCAAAUCAUUGAAGCACUUUGAGAACCUCAGGAGCUACAGAGAGUUGGUGAUUCAGAAAGGUGAAGGGGGUCAAUCCUCCAGGAAGUCUUGUGUAGCAGCGGACAGCGGCGGGCCUGCGACACAGAGUUCCACAGACUGUUCUGAAAAAGAUGUAGCUUCAAACCGAAACUCUUUGCAGUCUAGUAUUUCUGUUAACCAACUAGAAAUACAGAAGGAAAAGCAGCCAGCAGAAACUGACUCCAACCUGCAGGACUUCUCGGCGUUAAGCGCUGGCAGCCCAGACGAAGCCCUCAGCACGCAUCACAAGGAUGAAGAAAACUCGCCCUAUGCAUCUGCGGCGCCAGAGAGUGAAGCCGAUUUGCUUCGUAGCAGCGCGGAGGAGGCAGACUCAGAACCGGCCGCGGUGGCGGAGAAUUCAAACGAAGAAGAGGAAGCUCCUGCUGGUCCAGGAAAGAAGAACGGCACAGGGAAAGGGAAAGCAGCGCCCAAGCGCAGGUCAGGGAGAGCCGCAAACAGGCGCUGAGUUCAAGAAGGACGUUGUUUUGUUCCAACACAGGACGUUGACUGUAAAGAGGUGCUUUCAUGGAACUGAGACAAGCGAGUUUACAGACCAUUAUCUCUAUGCUGGAAGGUCAGAGUUGUAAAACACAACAAGCCAAUAGUGAGACUGAUUGUGAAGUUAGAAUGGUUUCCCUGGCGGGAAAGUGACUGAUCAUAUAGAAAGACUGAAAUUAUCUACUGAGGGUAAGUCUGUAUUUUUCAGCUCACAGUUGGAAAACUGUGCUGGCCAAACCGAAGUAAUUAAAACUGGAUCGAUUUAAUUUAAAAAGUAAACGCUUUUGAUCCUUGAAGUGAAAUUUGAUUGUUGCACUCGUGUGCAUCAAUCAAAUUUAAAGUUGUUAGAUUGCUGUAGAGACUCAGUAUGGGAUUGUAGUACCUGCAGACAUAAAAGGACUUCAUUAGAUGUUGCAGGAGAUCUGAUGAAGUCCGAUUUAAGACACUGUUAUUUCAUUUGUAUGUUGUGCAGAAGGUGUGCUGUGUUGUUCAUCCUGUUGUGCAUUUUUAUGAAGCAUUAUUCUUUGCAAAAGCAGCUCCAGAAAGUUCCAUUCUCAUCCCCAGCUCCGAUACCGCUGUCCUGACAGAUGAUUGCAUAGAAAACCCCAUUCUCCACUGCAGACCUGUAGACGAUUCAACACAUCAUGUUGCAACCAUUAAAGGAUGUAAACUUACUCAAAAA